AAAUAUGUCCAUUCCUAGCACUUUCCUCCUAAACUUUCACACGCAAAUCACUUGUAUUUUAAUCAGAACACUUUAUCACAUUAUUCUCUGAACACUCAAAAUACUCAAAAAAAUAUUCAAACUCAACAUGAAAGAACAUCACCAUUUUGACGAUCUUCAAAAUUCUUCUGGCAGCUCUUUGGGCAUGAGCUCUUCCUUUGGGACAACUCCAGAAAGGCAUUCUUCUUUUUCUCAAGAUUCUGAAUCUGUCAGCACUCUUCAUAGCCCGUCUUCUUCAGAUUACUCCCCAAGAAUUACUCCAAGUCAAGAUGAUUCUGCUAUAAUUAUUCAGCAGAGGAAAUUGGGAAAGAAGGCAAAAAGUUAUGCAUACAGAAUCCGUGAGCAUGUGAAAUUGGGGCCAAAAUUUUCAGAAACGGUGAAAGGGAAAUUGAAAAUAGUGAAAGAAGGAGGUAGAAGAAAUAUAUUCAGGCAUAUGUUUAAUGUGAAUGAAGGAGAGAAACUGCUUAAGGCAUCACAGUGCUAUUUGUACACAACAGCAGGUCCAAUUGCUGGGAUUCUAUUCAUAUCUACAGAUAAAAUUGCAUUCUGCAGUGAAAGACCCAUCGCAGUUCCUUUUCCUUCUGGUGGAAUUCUUAGAACACCUUACAAGGUGGUUAUUCCAGUGAAGAAAAUUAAAAGAGCUCAUCCGAGCGUAAAUGAGAACAAACCAUCUCAAAAGUACAUUGAAAUUGUCACUGAAGAUAAUUUUGAGUUUUGGUUCAUGGGCUUUGUACGAUAUGAAAAAGCUUUCUUGAAUUUACAGAAAGCUAUUUCCAUGUCAAACUAGAUGUUUCAGAUAUUAGAUUCUUUAGGAUUUUAGAGAGGUUCAGCAAUUCUGUAGAAGUUUUUUUCUCCCUUUUUUUUACUUUUAUGUUGAACUGAUGGCAUCUAAUGACUGCGUUGUUCAUUGUUUA